AAGUCGGCACUGCGCGUCCCCGAGCCGCGCGCGCCCUACGCCUUCCUCCCCUGGGACCCGCGCGCGCGCGCACUGCCGCCCACCCCGCCGUCGCCGUCGCCCCUCGGAAAGUCAGCGGCUCCCGCCAUGUCUUCGCCUCCAGAAGGGAAGCUGGAGACCAAAGCCGGACACCCGCCCGCCGUGAAGGCUGGUGGAAUGCGGAUUGUGCAGAAACACCCACAUACUGGAGACGGGAAGGAAGAGAAGGACAAAGAUGAGCAAGAAUGGGAAAGCACCAGCCCACCUAAACCAACCGUGUUCAUCUCUGGUGUUAUGGCUCGGGGUGACAAAGAUUUUCCCCCCGCGGCUGCACAGGUGGCCCACCAGAAGCCACACGCCUCCAUGGACAAACAUGUUUCUCCAAGAACGCAACAUAUCCAGCAGCCCCGCAAGUGACCUGCGCCCAGAUCCUGGUGCCCAGACCACAGCACCCUCUGCAGCAGCAGCCAGGCCCACAUCCCAUGAUGCUCCCCGGCCAAAGGAACUUGCACUUUCUGAGCAGUUCACCAAGUUCAGAAACCUAAGACAAAGUGAACCCCCGCUGUCUCAGACCCCCGAACCCCAAACUUUGUUUCUAAGAGUCCUCACUGUGUCAACGAAGAGUCAUUGUACCCUACCUCCCCCAGAAGUACCAUUAGCAGGACUUGGCAGGUCCUGAGGAAGCCUUCAUACCCACAA